AUGAACAAAAUAAAUACAAAAUUAUUAUUCGCUUAUAUUCUAUUCGCCUUCCUUGUGCUCAUUUUACAUACAACGUCGAUAAAUUCAUAUCCUGUUGGGGCGUGUGAUAUAGAAAAUUGCGAAGAUGAAAUAGCAGAACAACUUGACGAUGAAGAAGUGGAUCCAUGUGAUUAUUCAGAUAAUGAAAAAUUUCCUAACGAUUUUAUCGAAAAUAUUCUAGAUGAUAGUGAAAGUAGGCAUCCAAAAGGACGACCACCAGAUACUGCAGAUUCAAAGGACCUUUAG